AUGAAAUCGCUUUGCAACAUGCCCACUGCGAAGAACAGUGUUACUCGGGAUCCCUUUGUUGUUGUUGCCAACAACCUUGGCCGAUUUGCAUCAGAUCAAGCUUACGCCACAACCUAUGCCACUCGGCUACCAACCCAUGCCUGCAGACGAGUUACAAUGCCAAGAAGAAGAAGAUUUACCAACAGGUUUCGGAAAGUUCCAAACGCUGCGUCCACAGUGCAGCAUUGCAUCACGGCUUAUGGAACCUACGGCGCUCUGUCAUGCAGAAACAAAGCGCUUGCCGCCACCCUGUCAUAUAUCUUCGAUAAAGGGGAAUCGAGAAAUAGGACUCUGCCAGGGACAAUUAUUGCAAAAUGGUUGUUUUGUCUUGCAAUGCAGUUGACGCUGGUCAAUGAAGAAUUGCAUUUCGCGCAUUUUCAAGUUGAUAUGUGCGAUGGGAUUCCUUACGGCAGGGAUUCAUGA